AUGGAUCAGCAGCCGGGCUCUUCCGCGCCGUCGCGGCCACACCGCGCCGGCCCUGCCGGGGCCCCCGAGCCGGGGGUGCCGCCCGAGGAGGCCGUCGAUGACCCGCUCGGCAGGCUGCUUGCGCCGCACGGGCUCGACCCGCAGGAGGACACCUGGCGCACGCGCCCGCGGCGUGCGGCCGUUGGCGUCGCCGCCGCCGCCCUGCUGGCGUGCGCCGCGGCGGCGGACGCGGCGUGGCGGCAGCACCCGCGGGCGGGCGCCGGCGCGUACGUGGGCGCCCUGGAGGUGCAGCCGCGCGCCAAGUGCCUGGGCGCCCUGGAGGUGCGUGGCCACGGGGCCGUCCAGGUGAUCGCCGCCGGCGCGAACAUCCCUGGUGAUCCGGCCGGUGCUGCGGAGGUCGGAGGCGACGCCGUGAGGGUGAGCAAGUCUGGGCGCGUGUAUUUUGCCGAGGCCUGCGCCGAUGGCGCCUAUGCGCCAGGUGAGUAUUCCAGCAUCAACCUCUUGGGGAGGCGGCUGAGCUUCAGUGUCGACUUGUCGGGUGCCCAGUGUGGAUGUGUGGUGGCGAUGUACCUCACCCCGCUCGCCCGGAGCCCGCAGCCAGGGACAUGCGGUUCGGACUACUACUGCGACGCGGCCGAGGUCUGCGGUGUGCGCUGCGAAGAGUUGGACAUCAUGGAGGCGAACACGCACGCAUGGCACACAACGGCCCACACUGCUUCCGACACUGCUGGCGUUGGGACGGGCAUCGGUGGAAGUGCAAGCGGCAUCGCUCCCGAUAUGUACGGCCCCGGCAGCGCUGCGGGCAUCGACACGCUGCGCCCCUUCGACGUGGCAGCGGACAUCAGUGAGGACGGCACCGAGAUCAUCGCGACACUCUCGCAGGAGGCGCGCGAGGUCUCGGUGAACCUCACGUACCCCGGACUGGAGCAGGCGCUCCGAGAGGGCAUGGCCCCGAUCCUGAGCUACUGGCACCAGCCCGCCUCGGGGGACCUGCAGUGGUUCGACGGCGCCGUGUGCGCCGCCGACGACCCCGCGGCGUGCGGCGAAACGGUGGUGCUCUAUAACUUCGCCGUCGGAGACCGACCGGCGCCGCCGGCGCCCCCGGCGCCUGCGGAGCCAGGCGCGGAGGAUGCCGGGGAGAGCAUCGCGCCGCUGUCGACGCAGCCGGGCGCGGAGCUGGUGGGUGCGCCGGCCACGCCGCCGGCGGUCCCGCCGACGGCGCCGCGGUCUCCGCUGUCCGGGCCGGCCACGCCGAGCGGUUCGCCUGCCGCGUGGCCUUUCGGCCGGUCGGCGCCGGGCGCGCGGGAGUGCUGGGAGGCGGAGGCCGGCUACGCGCCGCUGGACAUGCCCGGGCAGGCCAGGUCGCUGGAGCUCACCGCCUCGGACUGCCAGCGGCGGUGCAGCGAGGUAGUUGGCUGCGCCCAUUUCUCCUUCUGGGCAAAUGGCGGGUGCCACCUGCAGGACAUCGCCGCCUCCUUCCACAACGAGGCGGGCGCGAUCGCGGGACCCCAGGACUGCGAUCGGGCGCGCUGCCACCAGACCCGCGCCAGGCACGACCCGCUCGACAUGCCGGGCCAGGCGAGGACGGUCGAGCAGUCCCCGCUGGAGUGCCAGCGGCGGUGUGCCAACGUGGAUGGCUGCGCUCACUUCUCCUACUGGCCAGACGGGGGAUGUCACCUGCAGGACGGCCGUGCCUCCCUGCUCCACGCCGUCGACGCGCUCGAAGCGACGACCGGGCCGCCCGCCUGCACCGGGCUGGUGGCCGCAUAG